UUCCGCAGUCGGUGUUUGGGACGCUGGGUGCGCCGGUAGCUCGAUCUCUGAUUCGGGUUCGCUGUCAAAGCCCGUCUCUCCCCGGAGCCCGGGACAGACAGGGCACGCGCCCGUGUGUGUGAGCGGGACUCUGGGCAGAGGCGUCCUCUUGCUUUUUUUCUUCCUUUUAUCCAAAGAAGGGGGCAGUUCUCGCGCUUGCCUUCCUGUCGCCCCGAUGGGAGCGGGGUUGGUGUGCGGAGUGGUUCGUCUUUUUUUCUCUUAAACUUGUGAGCUCUUUCUACCCCCCUCCCUUUUUUUUAGGCUCGGUGCCGUCUGGACCGGUUUGCUUGGUCCUUGACUAACCGCUUUCUGCCCCUUCUCUUGCCACCCCGGUCCAAGGUCGCCCCUCCGCUCUCGCCCCUGACCCGGGGGUGGUGGGAAGCUUUGUCCGGCUCGCUCCCCACUCAAGCCUCCGCAGCGUAGCCGCACCUGCCUCAAUAUGAACGGGGUCAACGACCCCCCUCUUUUUAUAAAAGAUAUUAAGCCCGGACUGAAAAACUUAAAUGUCGUCUUUAUUGUCCUGGAGAUAGGACGCGUGACCAAAACCAAAGACGGCCAUGAAGUGAGAUCAUGCAAAGUAGCAGAUAAAACGGGCAGCAUCACUAUUUCCGUGUGGGAUGAAAUCGGAGGUCUUAUACAGCCAGGGGAUAUUAUUCGGUUGACCAGAGGGUAUGCAUCCAUGUGGAAAGGAUGUCUGACACUUUAUACUGGAAGGGGCGGAGAACUUCAGAAAAUUGGGGAAUUUUGUAUGGUUUAUUCAGAAGUGCCAAAUUUCAGUGAACCUAACCCAGAUUAUCGAGGACAACAGAACAAAGGGGCACACAAUGAACAGAAGAAUAAUUCCAUGAAUAGUAACAUGGGUACAGGUACAUUUGGACCAGUGGGAAACGGGGUUCAAACUGGCCCAGAAGCAAGGGGAUGCCAAUUUUCAUAUGCUGGUAGAAGCAAUGGCCGGGGACCUGUAAAUCCACAGCUACCAGGAACAGCUAAUAAUCAAACAGUCAUGACCACAAUAAGUAAUGGCAGGGACCCUCGGAGAGCCUUUAAAAGAUGACCAAUGCCAAAUACGCACAUGUAGUUUUUAAACUGCGUGCCCUACUUGAACACUUAUUGCACUUUUAUUUAUUGUUAACUGUGAAAACUAUCCUUUAUCUGUUUCCUUUCACGUUUUUGGUUUGUUAACAAGAGUGGUUUGUUUUUUAUAGCAGAGCUAUUAAGCUGCUUGAGUCUCCUAUUGAAGAAUGGGAACACUCUGAAGAACAGGGGCAUUUAUUUUUAGAGCAAAAAGAUCUUUGGAUAUCCUCUAAAAAACCUGCACCCAUUUCUUGGGUGAGUUACUUACGACAUCAGCAUUUAGCCUCUAUGAGUCUAUCUUCUAUAUACAUUUUGUAAUAUUUAAAAUAAGGCUUAGUGGAAGAUGUUCUUUUGUCUUAAAUACAGAUAUUGCCAACUAAAGCAAUAACCACCAAAAAAACAAAAACUUAGUCAAUGCUGACAGCAGUUUUGCGUGUUCGCGACUCCGGGAAUGAUUGACUUCUUCAUUGAGUGACUGCCAUUGAGAUUUUCCAAGGACUGAAUCAUCCUAAACUCUUGUUCUGUUACCAAAAAACAUUCUUUAUCAGAAUUAUGGAAUAGAAUGUGAUCUGUAUUAUAACAAGAAAUUUUUAGAAGAAAGCUACAUUUACUUUAUUUUAGGGUAGUCCUAUUAAUAUUUAUCAGCUUUGUGCAUUACACUGAAUGGAAAUUUAAAACGGAGGCCUUGAAUGUUUAUUUUUUUAGACUACCAUGUCAAAUAUUAAAGUUUAAUUUGAGGGAGUUACGAAGUCAUAAUGAACAUUGAUCUAAUUUUUACAAAUUAUGGUAGAUAAAUAUUAUAGUGAAGGCAAUUCAAAUUGAAUUUAUGUAGAAAUACGCAGUCUUAAUUUAUAGGGUCCUAGGUACUUGCAGAAGCUCAGUCUGGAGUGAAAAUCCUAGGUACUUUAUUUGAAGGGUAUGUGUGUGUGUUUAUUGUCAGAGUUUCUGAACACAGUUCACAAAGCCUUAUCAACAAAAGUUAAGAAAUGGCUCUCUCAAAGAAGCAAAUACAGCUUUAUUUAGAAAUGUAAAGGUAGAAUUUAUUUAUGUGUGUAAAUGGUGUCCAGUUCCACUGUUUACUGUAGGGUGGAUAACUGGUAAAUUUUUCCUUUGUUGGAAUUAAACUCUUCUUCAACAUAUCUCGUGAAUAAAACUUGCAUUAAUGUUAACAGAUCUA